CAUUGGGUUUAGACUGCCGUCGCUGCCACACCCCCUUUGCUACAACCCCAUGGUAUAUUCCAGAGAUGCUGAUAUAGCGAGUAUGAGAGCCUGUCUCCGCAACAGCAAGAUUUGCUGUUUAUCCGUGGCUCUCAGGAAGAGGGGAUAUCGCUUGAAUACAUAUGCCCUCUCACUUCUUUCACGAAGUGCCACUUGAUCUGUUACGUUGCCGCGUCUCAAAAUAACUAGAUAUCUGACGGAGCUAGGUCGAUAGAUGUAUGACUCGCGUUUGCCCACCAAGAGGGAUAACACACAAAAAAAUUGAAAUUAAGGCUAACAGGGAUUUACAUGUUUUAAUAACUCAGCCCGUCUGGACGAAAUGGAAUGGGACUAACCUGUUAUGGCAUCAAAUCGGAAAGAUUCCUUUGUGCUCACUGUAGAGGAAAGAUAUGAGUGAAUGAGCACUUCUGCUGGACCUCUUCGGACAUGGAAGAGAUGGACUCCAAACCGUACCAGCCACUGUCGAAGACUCGCCAUGAGAUGGAGAUGGCCUACACCAGCUCGUCGGACGAGAGCGAGGACGGACACAUCAGAGCCAAGUCCUACACCUCCAGAGAAACGCUCCCGGACUACGGCCAGGAGCUCAGGCUGAACUACAACAGCCACAGCAAGAGGCAGACUACCUUCAGCGAGACAGCUCAAGAAAUAGACUUUGCGAAGACACAGCCACAGAUGCUGAGCUCCAGCUACCAGGAGGAGCUGUGCCCCGGCCCUCAGCUGAGCUACUCCCUGGGCAUGGGCUCCGACGUGGAGGAGGACGAGGCGGAGGGCGACCCCUCGCCCAAUCAUGCCCUCCACCUGUGGAUGCAGGAAGUCAAGUCGGAGCAGAGCUCCUGCCUCUCCAGUCGGGCCAACUCGGUGCUGUCGCUGACUGACACGGAGCAGGAGCGCAAGUCAGACGGCGAGAAUGGUGAGUCGCGGCCGCUUGCCCUCGCCAUCGCGGUUGUCUUGUCUUCUAAGGCCGAAGGUCUGAAACAUGCCUAAUUUUGGUUAGGUUAGUUUGCCCCUGCAAAGGAAAAUCUAUGUAGAAUGAAUCGGGAAAAUAGACACAUAGGGCACGGCGAGCACAGUCAGUUUUUGCUGCUGAUGCUUCCGUCUC